GCCUCAGGCGUCUCUACCAGCCGGUCGCGCUCGCUACUUUGUUAGAAAGACCUGAACUACACUGCGUCGCGGAAGUGCUGUUGUCAAGUGGUCCUCAGUACAACGUCUUAUUAAAGUGGAAAAUGCUGUGGCAAGGAUUGAUUUUUUUGUUUAUUUGCACCGCGGAUGGGCAAAUUUUUUCUACAGGCAUCUGUGGCUCUCGAAGUGACUGCAGCGAAUACCUCAGCCUCAUUCGACGGAAGAGUGACCCUUCGUUAAAGCCCUUCUUUGAGACGCACUUGGGCAAAGAGAUAUUGGAUUUCACUACCAGAUGCUGCAAAUCACCUCUUAUCCCAUCGGAGCAAGAAUGUGGCUUCCCCGAACCUUCAGGGCCUUUGAAUGAUAUCCAGAGGCGUGGCGCAUGGCCGUGGUUUGCGUCCCUGAGCGAAUACCCUGGCAAGAACUUUCGACCGACGUCCGGAGGAUCACUCAUCACGCGACGCCACAUUCUCACCACGGGUCACACCUUGCUUGGACUCAUCGACCCACAACCGAAGUACGCUCGUCUUGGAGAAUACGACGUGAGUGUUCAGAACGAAGCGAAUUACGUGGAGCUGGCGAUUGUGAGGUUCAAGGAAGCCGGGUAUAAUGCUGAUACAAGUAGAGACGUUGGUGUCAUCACUUUGGAAAGAGACGUCGUGUUUAAUGAUUUCAUUCGACCAGCCUGCCUGCCUUUCAACUACAAAGACGAGGACUUUGUGAACCAGCAUCUCGCCGUCGUUGGGUAUGGCCGUACUUCGGAUGGCCGCACAUCGAACGUGCCUGUAGCUGCAGUGGUUCCGGUGGUUGACUUGGCUACCUGCAGACAGAAGUAUAGAAACUCAUUCAAAAUCACAGACUCUGUCAUAUGUGCGGGAGGUUACAAUGACGCAUGCGCGGGUGACAGCGGGGGGCCACUCAACUUCUUUGACGUAGACACCAAGAGAUUCUACGUGGUUGGCCUCGUGGCAUUCGGGGCGGUUGACUGCGGCCAGACUGAUAUCCCCGGCGGCUACACGCGCGUUGGAGCCUUCCUCGAUUGGAUUAAUGAUGCUAUCAUCAGUGAUACUGCUUGAAAUAAAAGGAGAUCUG